GUAACUGCCAAAAUUGACAAUGUGGCCCGAAAAGGUAGUACUUUGGGCUUAACUACUUCGCUGCUCCACCGUCCGGCUUCAGCCCAUUCGCAGCGGGAAAGACGAUGAGCGCGGCGGAACUGCCGAACAGGGAAGCAUGCGUGCUGAGAGGACACGAAGGGGCGGUUUUGGCCGCCAGGUUCAAUAGCAACGGUGAUUACUGCUUGAGCUGCGGGAGGGAUCGAACCAUCAGACUAUGGAAUCCGCAUCGUGGAAUUCACAUCAAGACCUACAAAUCUCACGGCCGUGAAGUCCGAGACGUCCACGUUUCUCCGGAUAAUUCCAAGCUAUGUUCUUGUGGUGGAGAUAGACAAAUCUUUUACUGGGAUGUCGCAUCUGGUCGUGUAAUUAGAAAAUUUAGGGGCCAUGACAGUGAGGUGAACGCUGUGAAGUUUAAUGAGUAUGCUUCUGUGGUUGUAUCUGCUGGAUAUGAUAAAUCCUUGCGCGUUUGGGACUGCAAAUCUCACAGCACUGAACCGAUUCAGAUCAUUGGCACAUUUUUAGACAGUGUCAUGUCAGUUUGUUUGACAAAAACUGAAAUAAUUGCUGGAAGCGUUGAUGGCACUGUUAGAACAUUUGACAUUCGAAUGGGUAGGGAAUUAUCUGAUAACUUGGGGCAACCAGUGAACUGUAUCUCUCUGUCUAACGAUGGGAAUUGUAUAUUAGCUAGCUGUCUUGACUCAACCCUUCGACUUGUGGAUAGGUCUACUGGUGAACUGUUGCAAGAAUACAAGGGACAUACUUGCAAGACUUCAAAAACUGAUUGCUGUCUCACAAACACCGAUGCACAUGUGAUCGGUGGCUCGGAAGAUGGUUUCGUUUAUUCCUGGGAUCUGGUUGAUGCAUCUGUAACAUCCAGUUUCAAAGCUCAUUCUUCUGUGGUAACCAGUGUAAGUUAUCACCCAAAAGGGAGUUGCAUGAUAACUUCAUCUGUGGAUGGGACAAUCCGGGUUUGGAAAACUUGAAAGUAACAAAUCCAAAUGAACCUUACAUCUUCAGAUCAUUCUGUGUUGUGAACGGAAGGGAAUGCCUUCAACACCUUUAAUCUAAGGGAAUUGGAGUUGAAGAAAAGUGAAGAGGUGUUUGGCUGCCUUAAGAAACCCACACCUGGAGACUGGGCAAGCAGAAUAGUAUAACUUCGUUAGCAGCAUCUCAUAUACUUCGUUUUGAGUUAUUUUACAAAUUUACCAUAUUCAGUAUGUGAUUAGUGCAAAAAUCUGGAGGAUUCCAUUCCCUAAAGCACCAUGGCCCAUGGGUUUGGCUUUCAAUUUUGUCAGUGCAUUUAUAUUGGCUGGAAAAUGACCAAUGCUAUUUUUGACAAUCUGGCUAGCUGACUAUACUGUAGCCUGUAGGGGUUCAGUGGAUGAGUUUAUCUUCUUACUUUUGAAGUUAUUAUGAAAUAAAUAUCUCCAUUCAUUAUGCGUGAUAUAAGUUCACUCGCAUUCCGC